ACCAUGAACUCCAGACCGAGUCUCGAGCAGGAAACUUCACAUUUAAGUAGAGCCAGUCAGCUUCCCUCAGUGUGCUCUGUGAGCUGUGUCUGUGUGCUGAGGUCAAAGACCGGGACUACUCAAUGACUCUUUGCUUUAUGGAAUAAUGAACGAGGAGAAGGGACUCCCCAAACUGUUCCAGUCUUUACUCCUGACACAGAAUGACUUGCUGUGAUUGACUUGAAGUUUUUUGGGGGUUUUUUGUUUUGUUUUUUGACCAUGGAGAUCCGUAAGAGGUUAGUGUCGCUUUUUCAGAGAUGUACGUCGUGUUUCAAGAAGCGGCCCGGAGAUGACAGCACAGGUGUGGACAAAUCUGCCACAGUUAUUGAAAACAUCCACGCUGGUAAAAAAGCAGAGCCGGACUUCCCGGCCUCAAGAUCUUUACCGGCGCUUCCAAACAAGGCUGAGGCGUACUACAUCGCCCAGUAUGACUAUUCUGCCCGCACCGAGGAGGAUCUGAGCUUCAACGCCGGGGACAAGUUAGAGGCUCUGGAUAAAAGUGCUGGUGACUGGUGGUUUGCGAAAGCUCUCACCGGAGUGUCGGCCUCCAAAAAGGGAUACAUCCCGGCCAAUUAUGUGGCACCUGUGGAGAGUAUUGACGCAGAGCCAUGGUAUUUUCCUGAAACCAAGAGGCUGGAUGCAGAGAAGAUGCUGUUGGCAGGGGGGAACCUGCAAGGGGCCUUCCUCAUCCGAAACUGUGAAAGUCAGAAGGGGGAACUCUCCCUCUCAGUGUUUGACUGUGGGAAGGUGAAGCAUUACAAGUUGAAAAAAAUGGACAAUGGUCAUUACUUUGUGUCAAGGACCAGAUCCUUCGAAACACUGAAACAGUUAGUGGAACAUUACUCCAAACAGGCCGAUGGUCUGUGUGUACGUCUGGGUGAACCAUGCAAAAAGAUGGAGGCACCACAGACUCACGGUCUGUCCUAUAACACUGUGGACCAAUGGGAGAUUGACCGCAAAUCAAUCAAGCUGCUGACGAAGCUUGGAGCCGGUCAGUUUGGAGAAGUCUUCGAGGGCUUGUGGAACGAAACCACAGCAGUCGCAGUAAAGACGCUCAAACCUGGAACCAUGGACCCUGAGGACUUCCUGAGAGAGGCUCAGAUCAUGAAGAGGCUGCGCCACCCCAAGCUGAUCCAGCUGUAUGCUGUCUGCACCAUGGAGGAGCCCAUCUACAUCAUCACAGAGCUGAUGAAGAAUGGCAGUCUGCUGGAAUACCUCCAGAACGAUAAGGGAGCCACGCUCGGCAUCUCUGACCAGAUCGAGAUGGCCGCCCAGGUGGCAGCAGGGAUGGCUUUCCUUGAGCUCCAGAACUACAUCCACAGAGACCUGGCAGCCAGGAACGUCCUGGUGGGCGAGAACAACAUCUGCAAGGUGGCUGACUUUGGCCUCGCCAGAGUCUUCAUGAAAGAAAACGAUAAUGUGUACGAGGCCAAAGAAGGAACAAAAUUCCCUGUGAAGUGGACCGCUCCCGAAGCCAUCCACGACAACAAGUUCAGCAUCAAGUCUGAUGUUUGGUCCUUUGGAAUUCUGCUGCAUGAGAUCAUGACGUUUGGACAGAUGCCUUACCAGACCAUGACAAACUACCAGGUGGUCCAGAAGCUUCCACAGGGCUACAGGAUGCCAUGCCCGCCUAGCUGCCCCAAAGUCAUGUAUGACCUCAUGAUGGACUGCUGGAAGGAGAACGCACACGAGCGGCCCACAUUCGAGACUUUGCAGUGGAAGUUGGAGGACUUCUUCGACCUGGACGUGACGUCCUACGACGACGCCAGCCGUUACUGAGCGGGCCGUGACACUUGGAAAUAAAAGGACAAAAUGUACUCUAUAUGCAGUGACACCAAAUCAGAAUCACUUGAAUCCAAACACAAAGACACACUGAUGUUUUUAUGAAGUAACUGAUUCAAAUGUAGUAAAAAAAUCCAACCACUGGGGCCGAAUGAAGGAUCUGAAAUGUUAGAUCUGGUUGAUGGUAACUGACACUGUGACGGUAACUGACAUGCUGCGAGGAAGCUUUAACCACAGCGACAGCUGGUUGCAACACUCCUCACUUUGUUUGGCAACUGAACUGCACUGUGUAGCUGAACUCGAAAAGCUUACUUGUCCGGGAAGAGGCGCCUUUUGAGCGGAGGCAGAAUGCUGCUCGCUCCAUCUCGAUGAACCGGUUCUUCCUGCACGCAGCAUAGCGCACAUUCUUUCCACUGGCUACCUGCAUAGCAACUAGCACAAGGUUUACCUGAGAGGGUUUGUGAGCCACGUUCACCUACAUGCUUGGUCUGUUUGGCUUUGUGUCAUAGAGAAUGUACAUACCAGAAGUCAUUUAACAUUAUUCAAAGGUAGGUGAGUGUCUAGAGGAGCUAACUAAGAAGGUCUGUGUAAUGACAAAGUACUUCUGUUUUACUUAAAUGAAAAAUAUUUCACUGUAAAGUAAAAGGCCGCACCCUCCUCAAAUAGUUAAACUUUAUAGUGUUCUCUUCUGCCACUCUGACAACCGCUACAAGAGCUUAAAACAAAGAUUGAAGGAACAAACACAAAUAUUCAUGUGCAUUUUUUUUCUAACAAGUUUCUAAUUCCAAGAAGAAUUUUACAAAUGGCCUGAUUUGUGCUUAAAAUGAAUAAUUUGCACACAGAACUGACUAGAACAUAGCACAAAUAAUCAGCAUUCUAACAAAUACUUCUAAAGCUGCAUUUAUUGCUUUCUGUAAAUGUGAAACUAACUGUGAGGUUGGAGGUUGUUGUCCUCUUCAGUCGGGUAAGGAGCAGCAUCACAUCUGUGUGUUGUUUUAGCAUUAGCCUGUUAGCUUUGUUUGGCUGCACAUAGACGGGGUCGACUUGUGUGAAAAGAGUGAAAGCUGUCAUGGAUGAUCAGUUCUAUUGUAAAUGAGCCGCUUUAGUUUUGGGUGGAGGUACAUGCACACGCCUAAUUGUUUAAGUAUGUUAAAGAUUGUUUAUGUUCUGUUCAUUUGUGUCAUUUUGGAGCAUGAGUUCUGACUUUGAAUGCACACUGGAAUGAGGUCUUUUCUCCUCUGCACCUGGCAGCCCUCAUCAUUUUAGCACAGCAGGUGCACAGCACAUUUUUGUGCUUGUUUUUUAGUCCCGCCCCGGUAGCUACGUUGUAAAAGUCUGCAGUGCACUCAUCCUUACCUGCUCUCAUGAUGGGGCACUUUUAGAAUGCAGUAAAACGGCUAAAUGACUGAACAAUGUCAUACUGGACUCGACGCCUCUGUUUUAAUGUCUUUUUAUUGAACCAAAUAAAAGCGGAUGAGCUGAGCAGAUCUCAGAUUAUCCAUGGCACAUCUGAUCAGAUGCCUGACACUUAAGUGGAUUCUCUCAUGCUCUGAUGAUUUUGUAUCAUGUCUUAAGUGUCUGAACAAGAUCUUGUUAAUUGUACAUUGUAACCAUGGCAGUGUUUAUAAAAUCUACUGUAUUUUAACAUUAUCAUACAUAAUAGAAUUAAAUGACUUAUAUUUACUA